AUUGAAUUAUUCAAGAAGCGAAUAAACAAGUACGGUAUUUUGCGGAUACCGCAUUCGGUAAACCUCACUAUAUUUGGAAUCAAUAAGUAUUCCAGGGCGGUCUUGGGAACUAUCCUUUUACCAUUCAUCACAAUGGCAAGUCGCUUGGCUAGUAUUUAUGGUACAGAACAGGACAAAGUUAACUGUACAUUCUACUCGAAAAUUGGAGCCUGCCGACAUGGAGAACGAUGCUCUCGUAAGCACGUGAAACCGAAUUUCAGUCAAACGAUUUUGUGUCCAAACUUGUAUAAGAACCCAAUCCAUGAACCAGCUGGAAAACGGAUGUCUGGUCGCGAAUUGAACUAUCAAUUUGACGCGUUUUAUGAAGACAUGUUUUGUGAAUUUGCCAAGUAUGGCGAGGUUGAACAAAUUGUCGUUUGUGAUAAUGUCGGAGAUCAUUUAAUAGGAAACGUGUAUGUUCGCUUUAAGUACGAAGACUCUGCACAAAAGGCCGUGGAUGAUUUAAACUCACGCUGGUAUUCCCAAAAACCCGUAUAUGCAGAGUUAUCUCCUGUUACUGAUUUUCGUGAAGCAUGCUGCCGCCAACAUGAAACUUCAGAGUGUUUGCGCGGUGGCCUAUGUAAUUUCAUGCAUGCCAGAAAACCAGAUCAUCAGUUAUUACGGGAGCUGAAUCUGUCUCAACGUAAAUACUUUACUAUGAAUGCUUACGAUGAGAUGACAAAGAAACCUGUAAAUCCACAGGGUUCAUCUAAUCACUGGGUGAGCGCGUCGAUUGAGCGAAGAAGAUAAUUUGCUUUGGUUCGUUAUGUUGUUUUUUUUUUCUUAAGACAAGGAUAUUCUUGAUCUAUGAGGUUUUUGGAAUGUUUAUUUAAUUAUUCAAGGAAUUGUUUUUAAUAGACUAGCGCCGUGUGUAUGGGUACAUGAUUCGGGAAACUUAAAAAAUGAUAUCGAUUUUUGAUUUCUCGUAAAAAGGAUGACCAAAGCAUAGGAAUGUCUGGUUUUAGCGUUCUACAUUCAUCUUAAUCUUCAUGUUUGGCCUAGGGGUUUCAACGUUCGUUUGUUACGGUUAUUCAGUAAAGGAGGUUCAAAUAUGUAUACCAUCUAUGCAGUUACAGUAUUAAUCCAUGUAUAAAUAUAUAUUUAUAGUCCAAAAAACAAUAAAGAAAUGCAAGUAAAUCGAC